GUGGAGCGGAGCGAGGCGUGUUUAUAGCAUCCCUUUGAUUUCUUCCUCGGCCUAUCAACGAAGCAGGAAGACAGCCGUUUGUGUAAAUAUGAAGCAACCAGGAAGUGUUGCAGCACUUUAAUCGUUGCUAUCAGCGAUGCCUGUUAUUAAACUGCUGUGCACCACCCUGGGGAAGACGUUAGGAUUUUUCACUGUCCUGGUUGUUUUCAUCGCAGCGACCUUAAAUUAUUUCGAAGAUUCCGAAACGGUUAAAUACACGAGUAUGGCUGAGGACAUCAAGACCCUAGAGGAAAACUUCAGGCAGCAGAACAAAAGCUGUUUCAUCCUAGGCGCUUCAGGGGAAACUGGCAAGGUGUUGCUUCAAGAGCUGCUGGAGCAUAAUAUCUUCUCUAAGAUUACUCUUAUUGGAAGGAGGCAGCUCACCUUUGAGGGCAAAACUUAUGAAAACCUGGUCCAAGAGGUGGUCGACUUUGAGAAGCUUGAUGAUUAUGCUGCUGCCUUCCAGGGCCAUGAUGUUGGAUACUGCUGUCUGGGAACAACCAGAGCUAAAGCAGGAGCUGAAGGAUUCAUCAGAGUUGAUCAUGACUAUGUUCUAAAAUCAGCUGAGGUCGCCAAGGCUGGAGGCUGCGCACAGUUCCACCUGGAGUCUUCCAGGGGAGCAGAUAAAAAAAGCGGCUUCCUUUACCUCAAAGUCAAAGGACAAGUAGAGGCAGACAUCGAGGCCCUUGGUUUUGACAGAUUCGCCAUUUACAGACCAGGGGUUUUGUUGGUGGAUAGGCAGGAGAGUCGUCCCGCUGAGUGGAUGGCGAGGAAGUUCUUUAGCGCCGUGUCUGCUGUGGGAUUUAGAUCCAUGUCUGUCCCAAUCCAAGAGGUGGCCAAAGCAAUGGUGUCAAACACUGUGCUUCAACCUGAGCAGAAGACGGAGAUCCUGGAGAAUAAAGACAUUGCCACUCUGGGGAAAAGUGCAGGGAAAUAAGAGAGCAGGAAAUUUACAGGGGUGGGAAAAAACAUGUUCAGUUUGCACUCAAACUUUCAGAGAGACAUGUAAACCUUUACAUUUGACAGGAGACACCUGUGAUGCUGUGAAUAACCUAAGUGGGUGGUUAUCUAUAAUUCAUCUGUAUCUACAUGUUUAAAAAAAUAUUUGGGGUGUCUCUAUAUUUUCAAGUCCUAUAAACUUGUAAGAAAUUGAAGCCAAGUAACUUUCCAAAAGUAUAAAAAAUUCAAAGGUGUGCAUGAGAAGUUGCUUAAAGAUAAAUAUUAACUUUAGUUUCUUUUUUAUUUAAGGAAAUGUCAUCAUAUUUCAGGGUUAUUAUAUCCUUGAAUGCCCAUCAAACCAACAUCAUGGCGCUUUGCAGUUGUCAGAAAUCCAAAGGUUUUUGUCUUUAAAGACGUAAAAAAGAUAAAGUAGUAGUGCCAGGCCUUUCAGUCUUCAUCAUUUGUGCUCCAACAUAUUAACCACUGCCUUAAAGUAAACGUUUACUGAACACUAGAUUGAGAUAAUGACGUUUAACCUGUUCAUUAAAUUAUAAUACAAGUGUAACUAUGUGUGUUUAAUUCAGGGAAAUGUUUCCAUAUCUGCAGGAUGAAUGUAUGGAUCAAUGUAAAGAUAUCUUGUGUGCAUAGCUUUUACUUUGCACACACCAAGAUCCCAAUGUGUGAUGCAUGUAUUACAAUUUCUGUACUGGAG